AUGACGUCACGGGGGAAGGAGCGGCUAAUUUUCCACAACUUCACCUACUACAAGCAGAGCAGGACCCGAAGCGGGUUCAGGUGGGGGUGUACUAAGAACAGGUGGCACAAGUGCAAGGCGUACCUGCACCUGGCUGAUGACCUCACCAUCGUGCGCGGGAACAUGGAGCACACCCACCCGGCAUUCACACAGUUCAUCGUUCUUUCUAAUGGUUCACGCUUGCUUAGCUACGAAAAUUACUCGUAUUGUAAAAGUGGGGUCCUCAGCAACGGGUAUAGGUACAGCUGUUCAAGUCGCACUGGUAAAAAGAAGUGCAAGGCGUUCCUCCACGUCGACUUCGAUAACGUCAUAGGUAGAAGGAACACUAACCACAACCACGCUCCGGUGUUCUUUGUCAGGUCUGACAAUGGAACUUAUAGGAAGAUACGGAUCAGGAGAGUCAAUCGUGUGGUUAUUCUCAAAACCGCUUUGAACACACAUAACGUUUUUUCUACCAAAGUUUCAGCCAAGUUCAUCAACCUCGCCACCGGGAGCAAGCUGCUGGUGUACGAGAACUUCACCUUCUCGAAGAGCGGCAAGAUCCGCGGCGGUGGAGCGAGGUACACGUGCUCCUGCUACCACAGCAAGUCGUGCAAGGCCCACGUCCACGUGAGCAAGGACGACAAAAUCCUCCUGGCCGUUACCGAACACAACCACGAACCUUUACACUUCAUCAAGACGCCGGAUGGCUACGUCCGGGUCAAUAACAAGCACCCGCCGUAUUAUAACAUACAAUAUUGCACGUUUGAUUAGUCUUAAGCGUUUGAUGACAUUAAUCGUAGCCCGUAGGACUAGUGAAGUGAAAAAUAGGAAUUUCCUAUAACGAUUACUUAUGCGAGUGAAUAUAGUUUAUAGUUAAACGCACUUAAGGAUUAUUUCGCACUCUUAAAGCAGGUACACAUUGGGCGUUUUGAAGCGCGCGCAGGCGCGCGCUUUGCUAACGCGCGUUUUGAGAACCCCAAUGUGUACCUGCUCUUAUUCUCUGAUGUGUCGGCUACUUCCCAGCAGCCGCUGUCACGGGUCCGGGUAGACAAACUUUGGCAGCAUAAAGUGCAUAAAACUAUUGUAGAAUUUCCUUUUCUCAUGUAACUUUUUAUCUUACAAAAGGCGGCGUUCCGUUGUUCCUUUGCCACGGUAUUAACUUAUUAACAAGUAAAGCCCGGCUUCCUAUUGUUAUGGGAACCUGCGAUUCGGUAUUUACUGGUAUAACAAUAUUGUCAUCCUUAUAAAUCUAGUCUCCAUAUUUAUAAAAAUAUCAAAUAUGUAUUUACUUAUAUCAAGGGAUUGUGCAUUUCUGUCAAUUUUUUAACUGACCCAUUAGUAUAGGUUCAUAUUUGGAUUCUAGGGUCUAGUGCACUAUUGUGCCCAAUUAAUUCUAUGUUCGUAUAUUAUUAUUAUGCAUUAACUUUUAAAGUUCCUAAUUGGCUAAAUAUGCGUAAACUUUGGUACUGUAGGUAUCUA